UAUUUUAUCUAGUAUUAAAAUUGGGGGAAAAAUAAAAGAUAUCAAAUAGAUUUAAAAACUUUAUUAAACAUCACAUCAUUAUGUUCAAUCUGAUUUCUUGGGUCUUGAUUUCUUCACCUGUAUUGUUCUUUUCUGAGAAUUGAGAAUAGCAGAUGCCCUUCUUAAAGCAGCCUAAAAUUUAUAAAUAUAUCUUUUCUAUACUUAUUGCAUCUAAUGAGCCUCCUCAAAUGGUAUAAUGCAACACGUGGACCAGCCUUCAUUGUAGUGGUGGCAAUACUUUUUCCGGGUUUAUGCUAUAAUAUAAAUAAACUAAUAAAAAAACAUGUUUUAUAAAAAAGGCUAAGUUACUGAAAAAAAAUAAUAAAAUUAACGAAUUUCAGAAACAUAAGCUCUGUUAUAAAAAAUCAACUAAAUAGUCCACAAGGACCCACAUAACAAUUUGUUUAGCCUAAUAAUUAAAUCGUUGACACUAAAAGUUAUCAAAGAAUCAUUGGAAAUACAUUGUUUUACUUUCACCUAUCCUUAUAUGAAAUAUAUAGUAAGAGAAAGUAUUGCGAUCAUGAAAAUUUUCAAACCUGAGUUUUCAACAGAAAUACAUGUUUAGAGGUUAGUUGAAAUAAUCAAGUCCUGGAAAAUGGUCUGUGUGUGAGCAGCCUAGCUCAAAAAUAAUAAGUCGUACGAAACUGAAAUUGCGAAUGGCUCAGAUGUGACAGCAACUUUUUUGUUAAAAUUAGCUAACCAGAUGAGUGCCACUUUGUAUUAUCGAUUUUACACAGUUUUAAGAUUUUUUUGAAAAUGGUGCCAACAAUUUCAAUUAAACUCUGUGUAUUAAUGCAUAAUUAAGUAAUCUUUAAUAUCAAACAGGUCUUAUCCCUAUUGAUUUCAAUUAAGAAGGCUUAAAUGCUCAAUUUUCAAAAUGUCUUCCUCUAAAGAACCUUUAAAUUGGUUUCAUUUUGAAUAAUUAACUAUCUCUUGUUGUUAGGAGUUAUGAAAAAAGACUUAAUAUAACUUUUGAAACAAUUUGAUAACUGAAUAAAGAAGAAAAAAAGAAAAAUACUUAUCCAGGUCGAAAAUGAAUCUCAGCAAAUAAUAGUCAGAAUUUAUACAUAUAAUAUAUCUAAAGUAUACGUAUAAUAUAUCAUAAUGUUAUGAAUCAAUCAAACAGUACCAUAUAAAUUAAGUUCUUGAAUAAAACAUAAAAUUUCAUAACCUUAUAAAAUAUUGUAGUAACCUAACUCUGACUCCACAUAAUCAAUGCCUUCCAUAUUUGACAGCCAUCAUGUUGUUAACAGUUAUUGAUAUUAAUUAUAAUUAUUGAAUGGAAUUAAAUAAAAUUGAUACUAGACAAUUUUUGAACUAUUCUCCUCAUUUCCUCCAAGUUUGGGUCAAAUUGAAUAACCCGUAUUUAAACUAUAGGUAUUAAAUAAUACAUUUUCGGACAUGAAAGCGGAAGUAUGUUUUUUUGGAGUAGUGGCUAGAAUUUGAUAAAAUUCAUGCAUACUUGAUUAUCUGUUUACUAAUCCCUAACUUCCCUCCAAAUUUGAGACAAAUCCAAUGUGCGGUUUGUGAUAUGGACAUACCUAAAAAAACACGUUUAUGCAUAUAUAAGAGAAAGUAGAGGACAGAUUUCAAUGAAAUUGAUACUAGGUUUUUUUUGUUAUCGAUACCUUUAACUAUUAGCAUACAUAAAAAAUAUAUUUGUGCGUGUAAAAGUCGUGGAUAGAAUUUGAUGAAAUUGAUAUGGGGCCAUCUUGACACAAACACGCACAACCCCUGACAAUUUUAUGAAAAUCAGAUAAACAGUAAUAGGUAAUAUACCUGUUACAUCGAUUUGACUGCAGAGACGACAAACCAAAUUUGAUCCUUGAUGUCUGAAACGUAAAACAGGAGUGGAAUUUUCGAUUCUGAGCAUACAAUGUUUUUAAUCUCUCGCACGAGUACAAUGCUUCCCUACCUUCGGUAGUGAGGAAGCAAAAAUAUACAUACAAAAUCAUUAAUGAUGUCAGCUCAGUUUUAUUAUAAUGAUGUCUGCUAAGUUUUAUUUUAAGUUAAACUGAUAUUAUUUAACUAAAUUAAGAAAACUACUAUCAAAGGAAAUUAAAGGUUAUACCUAUUUCUCUACAUCUAUCCAGCUAAGCAUCACUUUAGAAAUGUUGCUCCACUUUUCUAGAUAGGCACAAGAUUUCAUGGUUACACUAUAAAUGGAAUUCUGAUGAAAGAACUGAAUGGAAAAGCUCAGGCCUCAAUUGAACAAGUCCUGUCAGGAGCUUGUUUAUCCCUGAUGGUCAAGUAGAAGUCAAAAGCUGUGAUGCAAUAGAAAUUAUCAAGACAAGAAUUUUGGCUGAAUAGGGCCAGGAUCUAAAUAAAAGUAAGCUAUACCCAUGAACACCUUAAUAACCAACACAUUCAUAGAAUUUUGUUUGGUGUGAAAAAGAAAUCUAACCACCAACCAUAGUGGUGUAACACUUGAAACUCUAUAAUCUGGGCAUAGCUGCUCUGGAUGUAUCCAAUAAAAAAAAAAAAAAAAAAAAAAUGGGUUGCAACCUUAUUAAUCAGGGCACAGAUUUUAAUGUAGAAAAAGACUACAAAAUAUGUAAAACAAAUACACAUCAAAUAAGCAGUAAAAUAGGUGAAAAAAUUUCUAAAUAUACAAUAAAACUUCAACAAUAUUCAAUUACCCUGACGUAACAAGAAAAUGAGGUCGGGGGAUUGGGAGGGAGAGGGGGGGCGGUCAAAUUAAUACUAAAUUAAAUAAGUAAAAUUAUUAUUAAUUUGACCGCAACCCCCCUCCCCCAAUCAACUCCUUCUCAUAAGUAAUUUUAAUAUAAGGAAAUAUAUUCAGAAAAAAAUGAGGCUUAGAUGAAAACUUUUACCCCACAAAAACACCUUUAUUCUUCUCUACAUGUCACAAUAACAAAAAACAAAGGAAUCCUACUGAGGUUACUAAACCCAAUCCAACCUGCUAUAUUUGUACCUGAGCAGUGUUGCCAAAAAGGAUGCAUUAACUUAAAGGGGACCCUACGUGGUAAUUAAUGAAUGAACGUCACAAGAAUGGCAAAGAUGCUCAGGAUCGCUUUUAUCAUGAAGAUCCUUACAUGUUUAAUCAUUACUGAUCAUUACUUAUCAUUGCUGAAACCAAUUUAUCUCAGUUGUAAACAAAGAAACAGCAUAGAUAAGCUUAUUUGGACAUUAUCCUUUAGAGUAUUGGACAUCAAGAGAAAAAUGAAGAUAUAAUAAUUACUAUUAUACGGCGAUACCUAGUGCCUGAAAACCAUUUAGACUAAAGCAAGUGCCCCUGAAGUUCAGUCGGCGUCCUCAAUAGGCGGUUGCCCCACUUUAAGGCCCGGCAGUGACAUUAAGCUCAUGUUACUAUGGAACAGUGUUCAUUCGGGAGAGCUUGGGUGUGCUCAUAUUCCUUUGGAUCCUUAAUUACAAAUAUUCUCCAUUAUGAUGUCUUAUUUCUCCUUUAAUUAUAAAAUUCUUUUAUGUUUUAUAUUCAACAAUCUUUUAUAUUGGAGAUAAAUGUGAAAUGGUCAAUUGUUUUAAAUAAACAAAAUUAAAGGUACUCUAGGAGAAACUAAUAUUGAAAAUUGGGCAUUUAAGAACUGUGAGAGAACAUCAAUCAGAACAAAACCUACAUUUUAUUUAAAACUACUUAAUUUUACACUGAUAUAACGAAUUUAAUCAAAAUUGUUAAGAGCCGCUUGCGAGAAAAUCAUAAAAAUGUGUUCAGUCCAUGAUAUGAAGUGUCACUUCCAGUUAGCUGAUUUUGACCAAACAUAUGUAAUUUUCACUUUCAUAUGACUUCACAUUUUUGAGCUAGACAGUUUACACCCACCAUUAUUUGACUCAAGAGACUUAAAAAUAUGAUGUAUUUCCAUUGAAAACUCAGGUUCAAAAAUUGUCAUGAUCGCAUUAUUCUUGCUUAUUAUAUAUUUCAUAUAUAGCAGGAACGAUCCCAAUACUCUUGCGAUGCACAAGACCAUUAUACCUGAAGGAAGCCAAAUUCAGCAAAUUAUGGGGCUCCUGCAAAUAAAACAUGAUUGAAUAAUAAAUAAAAACUAGCAAAAAAAAUUUCAAUAGGAAUACCUACAGUGCUGAAAUGUUUCUUGAUAUUCCUUUUUUUGGUAAGUCAACUAAAUUAAGAAACUACAGCAACCUGUGAAUCCGUCAAGAAGAACUAGUUCAACGAGGCUAUUGGAACAUGUGGAUGAAAGGAACUUUCAAAUCAAUGUUAUAUGAAUCCAUUUAAAAUUGUAUGGUUUAUGAACUCCAUUUGAAAAAUUAUUAUACUUAUUUUUAUUUAAAUAAAAAUAUUCUAUUAUUAAUUUAUAACAAAUUAUUGAAAAUCGAUGACAAUUUCUUUUGUAUAAAUAAACAGUGUUAUAGUGAAUUGUCAUGGUUUGACUCUUGAGAUAACGCCAAAGUUAGUUGUUUUAAGGGAGUAAAAUGGACUCUAUUCAGAAAUUAAAGUAUGAAAAAUCCAAGUAUGUACUUAAAAAAUGGGAGAGUGAAUUCAAAAAGACCACUGAGAAACUUCCAACUAAAAGUGAUAUUAAAUGUGCUCCUAAAAAAAUAAAAGAUGCUUAUAAAACCUACUGGACUUUAAAGAAAUAUUUGUCAGGAUCAGAAAAAACCUAUAACAUUCAUGAAGACGAAAAUGCAAAAGAUUGUUUUAAUUCUUCAUCUGAAACUGGUGACAAAGAUAUUUCUUUCAAAAAUGAUUCUAAUAUGACCACUACCGAUGGUACUAUCGGCUUGGAUGACAGCAUUUGUUUCCGUGCUGUUUCAGAAACACUUACUCAGUCAAGCUUUAAUUUUGCUUUUCAAAAUGAAAAGGAAAAUGUUUGUAAAAAAUCACCUGUUAAAUCUGAUUCCUUUACUGAAACAACACUUGAAAAUGAAAUUAAAAAUAAAAAUGUUAGUGAAUUAACACCUACAAGUUUUAAAAACUUAUUUAGCAAACAAAACAGGCCCUGUGUAGCUGACCCCUCGUUCAUAGAAAAAGUUGAUUUUAAAAAAUCUGAAAAAAAAGAAAUAAAAAAGUUUGAAGCUAAAUCGUUAUCUUUCCAGUAUGCUGAAAAACUUUAUGCUGGGUCAAAAUUCAAUAAACGGAAUCCGAGGAAACCAAGAUCUUUUGUUAAUUCAAAAAAUGCAGAGGAUGUAGAAAAGAAUCUGGUUGUUUCAAAAAUAUCAAAUAAUUCAAUCAGUAAAUCUGAAAUAGACUGUGGUACAUUAUUGCAUAAAGAUAAUCACGUAUCAGUUUAUCCACAGAGUGAAUCUCUUAGCUCUCCAACUGAAGAAGAUAAUGGGACAUUAGAAUUUAAAGAGAAGUUUAAAAUUGUUACUCAAAGUUCGAAAUUGUCCAAUCAACCUGUUAGUUUACUUCAGAGAUCAGUAGAUAGCUGUAACACUUUACAACAUUCUGUUUCGAGAAUUGUUGAUAAAGGAUGGCUUGAAAGAGUUAAUGAGUCUAAUAUAGUCAAUAAGAAACUAGAAAACAAUCUUGCUGAAUCACAAGAUUCUGGAAUUUCUUCGAUCAAAACAGAUUCUCUAUCUGACACUAUCAAUAUUGUGUCCCCUGAAUCGAAGUCAUUUAUUGACGAUGAUAACAGUGAAGAUUUAAUUUAUGAUUCUGAUUGUGAAACUCAAAGUAAUUCAGUUUAUAAGUUGAAUUUGCUUGACAAUCUAAAUCGUAGUAUUGAUAUUGGUGUACCAAAAACAUUUACAAAGCAAUUAAUUAGUGACGACUUUGCUAAAUCAUCUGACAAGUUAGAAAAUAUUAUUCCUAAACCAAUUAAAAACCAUUCUAUUGGUGGUGGAAGUGUGAAUAAAUCUCAUGAAACUUUUAUUAUUGAUAAAAAAAGAAGUUUAAUUUACGAUCUUGAUGAUGUACCUUUAGCUAAGAGACUAAAAUCUGAUACAGAAUAUAGUUUUCAAUCUGUUACUAAACCAGAAAUUAUUCUACCAUAUAGGAACAGCAAAAACAAAGUGAUAGCUGAAGACGAAAACAUUGAUCAUAAACAGAAAAUGCUUGAAAAAAAAAUAGCUUCUGGAGAUGCAAAUAAAAACUUUGUAAAAAUAAAUAUUGAAAAAAAACGGUAUGCUAGAGGAAAGAAAACUAUAACAUUUUCUAAAUAUAAAAAACAGAAAUGGAAAGACAUGCAGAAAUAUAAUUCAAGUCGUAAUGGUGGAAUCAUUAAGUGCUAUAAAUGUGGAGAUGUUGGUCAUUUUUCUAAAGCUUGUCCCAAAAAAAUAAAUGCAUUACUUCCUAUUGACGAAUAUGAUAGUGCUGAUGAAUCUCCUUUUCCUACUUUGGAAGAAGCUGCUGAAAUGGCCAAAGAGGCAGCUGAAACAGCCCAUAAACAUGGAAGGAAAUUUACAGUGUCAGAAGGGGCUGUUUCUGUAAUCCCAGUAAUCUCUGAGCCAUGUUAUUCAACAACUAUUGAACCUUUAUUCAAACUCUCUUCUGAUGGUUCUUUAAUAGAUACACCAAAGGAAGUUUAUUCAGCAUUGAAGGAUCUGGGUCAUAGUGAAUUUAGACCUGGACAAGAAGAAGGAAUAAUGAGGAUUUUAUCUGGUCUUUCUACUAUUGUUACAUUGUCAACUGGUAGUGGCAAAUCCCUCAUCUAUCAGCUUCCUGCUUACAUGUAUAAUAAAGCUUAUCCAGGAUGCAUCACAUUGGUUAUAUCACCGUUGGUAUCACUGAUGGAAGAUCAAAUAUUCUGUGGCUCCAAAAAACUUAAUGCUGCUUGUCUUCACCAUAAUAUGACACAAAAAAAACGUGAAGUUGUAUUGGAGGCCUUGAAAAACCAGACCAUAUCUGUUCUUCUCAUAGCACCUGAAUCAUUGUCUUCUUGGGACUCUGCUAAAUCACUUUUGAAAACUUUACCUCCAAUCGCAUUUGCUUGUAUUGAUGAAGCUCAUUCAAUUUCACAGCAUUCUCAUAAUUUUCGACCAACGUAUUUAACUAUAUGCCAGGAUACUGGGGCACCUAAUAAGAAAGGCAGGCUGUCAAUUCAUGCGGAAGCCUAUCAUGCAGGCUUAACUGCUGGAAGACGUAAUCAAGUCCAAUCGGCCUUUAUGUCAGGUAAAUUACGGAUUGUUGUUGCAACUGUAGCUUUUGGCAUGGGAAUUAAUAAGAAUGAUAUUAGAGGAAUUAUUCACUAUAAUAUGCCAUUUUCUUUUGAAAGCUAUGUUCAGGAAAUCGGAAGGGCAGGACGUGACAAAAAACCAGCUCAGUGUCAUCUUUUCUUGGACUCUAAGGUAAAUUAUUGGUAA